CAAAAAGGCACUUUGCAAAUCAAACUCUUUAGCCGAAAGUCACAGCAGCAUUGUGACAACUCCGCUAAAAAAUAAAAUAAAGAUGCGAUUAAUACACCGUCAAAACGCAGCAAUCAUGUCCGGCUGGACAACGCCGUCCGCUAAUCUGCGCUUUGUGCUCGCCCUCUGCCUAGCCGUCGCGCUGCUGCCCAGUCCCGGUGCGGCGCGCAUGGCCUUCGAGAAGCUCACAGACUUCGAUUUCGCCGGCACCACAUACUACAGCGUGAAGAAUCUUUCGCUGUACGAGUGUCAGGGCUGGUGUCGUGAGGAGGCCGAUUGUCAGGCGGCCGCAUUCAGUUUUGUCGUCAAUCCAUUGUCGCCCUCGCAGGAGACACACUGUCAACUGCAGAACGAUUCGUCGGCACACAAUCCCUCUGCGGCGCCACAGCGCUCCGCCAACAUGUAUUACAUGGUGAAAUUGCAGCUGCGCAGCGAGAAUGUCUGCCAUCGGCCGUGGGCGUUCGAGCGUGUACCCAAUAAGAUUAUACGCGGUCUCGAUAAUGCGCUCAUCUACACCAGCACCAAGGAGGCCUGCUUGUCGGCUUGCUUAAAUGAGAAACGUUUCGUUUGUCGCUCGGUUGAAUAUGAUUACAAUAAUAUGAAAUGUGUCUUGAGCGAUUCGGAUAGACGUAGCUCGGGUCAAUUUGUGCAGCUGGUCGAUGCGCAAGGCACCGAUUACUUUGAGAACUUGUGUUUGAAGCCGGCGCAGGCCUGUAAGAAUAAUCGUUCGUUUGCCGUGGCGCGCGUGGGUGUGUCUGAGGAGAAGGUGGCUCAAUAUGUUGGUCUGCAUUACUAUACCGACAAGGAAUUGCAAGUGACUUCGGAAUCUGCUUGCCGUUUGGCUUGUGAAAUCGAAACAGAGUUCCUGUGUCGCUCAUUCUUGUAUCUCGGUCAGCCACAGGGUUCACAGUACAACUGCCGUUUGUUCCACUUGGACCAUAAGACACUGCCCGAUGGUCCCUCAACCUAUCUGAACCAUGAGCGUCCACUGAUCGAUCACGGCGAACCCAUUGGCCAAUACUUUGAAAAUGCUUGCGAGAAGACCACCUCACCGCCCGGCACUUUGGACAAGUUGGACACACUGCCUGUCAGUCUAGACACCACCGAAGAUCCCAACUUGACCAACAUCACCAGAAAUGAUGUCAACUGCGAUAAGACUGGCACCUGCUAUGAUGUCUCUGUACACUGCAAAGACACCCGCAUCGCUGUACAGGUCCGCACCAACAAACCAUUUAAUGGUCGUAUUUAUGCUCUGGGACGUUCGGAGACUUGUAAUAUCGACGUCAUCAACUCGGAUGCGUUCCGUUUGGAUCUGACCAUGGCUGGACAAGACUGUAAUACGCAAAGUGUGACCGGCGUCUAUUCGAAUACUGUCGUACUCCAGCAUCACAGCGUUGUCAUGACCAAAGCCGAUAAGAUCUACAAAGUUAAAUGCACCUAUGAUAUGAGUUCGAAGAACAUCACCUUCGGCAUGAUGCCCAUACGCGAUCCAGAAAUGAUCCAUAUCAACUCAUCGCCUGAGGCGCCACCACCAAGGAUUCGCAUACUGGACACACGUCAACGUGAAGUGGAGACCGUACGCAUCGGUGAUCGUCUUAACUUCCGCAUUGAAAUACCCGAAGACACUCCCUAUGGUAUCUUUGCGCGUUCUUGCGUCGCCAUGGCUAAGGAUGCACGCACUAGCUUCAAAAUCAUUGAUGAUGAUGGCUGUCCCACUGACCCAACCAUCUUCCCUGGUUUCACCGCUGACGGCAAUGCAUUGCAAUCGACCUAUGAGGCCUUCCGUUUCACCGAGAGCUACGGUGUUAUCUUCCAAUGCAAUGUUAAAUAUUGUUUGGGUCCUUGCGAACCGGCUGUGUGCGAAUGGAAUAUGGAAUCCUUCGAAUCGUUGGGUAGAAGACGUCGUCGUCGCGCUGUCGAGGGCAACGAGACUAAGGAGGCUGAUGAUGAUAUGAAUAUCUCACAAGAGAUUCUAGUCCUGGACUUUGGCGAUGAGAAACGUGAAUUCUUCAAGGCAGAUCCCAGCACAGACUUUGCCAAAGAUAAGACUGUCACCAUCAUUGAGCCCUGCCCCACGAAGACCUCCGUUUUGGCGCUGGCCGUCACAUGUGCGCUGAUGAUUCUGCUCUACAUUUCGACGUUGUUCUGUUAUUAUAUGAAAAAAUGGAUGCAACCUCAUAAGAUUGUAGCAUAAACAAAAUCUUAAGCAACACAAAAAACACACUCACACACAUAAAUUUACGAAAAAAAAAUUAACAGAAGAAACUCUAAAGUAAGCAAGAAAAAUUAAAUGGAACCCAGGGGUAUCGGACUAAAUCUAAAAAGUAAUUUUAUGUUAUGCAAGA